AUGGGCGAGGAGACGAUUCCUCUCGAAAAGUUGUUCAGCACGCCCGAGGCCCUUCAGAAGAUGAACUUCUUUUGCGAGACGUGCCUGGGAGCGGGGUACGACAAGGAGGCGUGCGGGAAGUACUUCCUGCCGCAGCUGCUGCUCUACUUUCUUCGCUUCCUCGACAUCUACGACAACUCGCUCAAGGGCGCCCUCAUGGACAACUACCUCGAAGAGCUCAAGCGCAUGCAGAUGGAGUCGCGAAUGAAGGACGACAAGGGCGUGAAGCAGCUGUGGGAGAAGAUGAAGCAGCAGAAGGAGGAGCAGGAAAAGGCUACGAAGACCGCCCCCGCUGCCAGCGGAGGCAAGAAGGCCGCCGCGGCCAAGUCAACGACGGCACCGGUGGUCAAUAAGGGCCAGGCCCAGCAGGCCGCAGAGAAGGCGAAGGCGGAGGGCGAGGGCGUGGAGAUCACUGACGUCGACGAAGACGACGAAGAGAAGCAGCGGGAGGAGCACGUCAACCGACUGCUCGGGAACAUCAACAUCUUUGCCGACAUGCAGAGGGACAAGCACGAACGCGAGGAAAUGCUCGAAAAGCGCAUGGGAGCCAAGAACGAGAUCCACUUCCUCGAGAAGCGCUUCUCGGCGCCGAAGCCCGACACGGCCAGCGACGCCCGGUGGCCCAGCGGACUGCCGCGCUUCUCGGCGCCGCCGGCGUAG